AUGCCAUACAUUUGUUUGCUUUCGUAUUUGUUACGUGGAUAUUUAGUGCAACUAAGAGAGCUAGGACCUCCUCCAGUAGUCCUCCCUCCCGGUUAUGACGUAAAUGCUCGGUGUGAAUUCCAUUCUGGGGAACUUGGUCAUUCUGUUGAAAAUUGCAAGGCAUUAAAGUAUAAGGUACAAGAGCUAAUUGAGUCAAAGGCUAUCACGCUCGCUUUGAACGGUCGAAAUGUGAAUAAUAACCCUAUGCCGCAGCAUAAAAAUCCUACAGUGAACAUGAUAGAAGAAGUUGAAGGAAAGAAGUUGGUGUCCAAGGUGGACAAUUUGAAAACUCCUCUGUUUGAUGUUAAGAAAAAAUUACUGAUGAAUAAGUUAUCUCCCGAUUGUUACGCUGCUUGUGAGUGUUGUCUGAUUAAUCCGCAAACUUGCAAAAUCUUGAGAGCUUGUAUACAAGAACUGAUGAAUCAAAGGGUUAUGGUGGCAGAGCAUAUGUCUACUAUUGAAGAAAUUGAAACAUUGGAAAUUCCUUAUGAACAAGGUUACCCAUUGGAAAUCCUUUAUUACUUGACCCCGAUGAAAAUAUCUGUUGACCCAGUCACUCCUCUGACAAUCACUAUACCUACUCCUUUCCCGUAUGAAAAUACAAAGGCAGUACCAUGGACUUACGACUCUGUAGUCUACAUCCAUGGACGAAAGAUAGAGGAUGAACCUUUGGCGUUCAAAGAUCCAAUUGUAAACAUUGUUGGAACAGGGGGAGUAACUCGAAGUGGCAUAAUAUUUGCACCAAUGUCUCCUACAAAUGAAAAUGGUGGAACCUCAAGGAAAGACAAAGGGAAGCAGAUUGAGAGCAAUGAACAAGGGAAUAAUUCUACUCAAAUAGAAACUCCAGUUAGUGAGGUAGAAGAACUCAUGCGCAUCAUCAAGAAGAGUGAUUACAAAGUGGUUGAACAACUUAAUCAAACAUUAUCCAAGAUCUCGAUGUUGUCCUUGUUGAUGUGCUCUAAAGCUCAUAUGGAUGCAACGGUAAAGUUUUUUAGAUCAAACGAUGUUCCUCAGGAAAUUUUGGUUUGCCAAUUUGAAGGAGUUGUAAACAACAUUGCCUCCAGUAUUAGCUUGGGAUUUAAUGAAGGUGAACUCCCACCCGAAAGAAGAAAUCAUAAAAAAGCUCUCCACAUCUCCUUUGAGUGUGUGGACACAAUCUUGUCAAGAGUUCUGGUGGAUAUGGGUUCAUCUUUGAAUGUGCUACCAAAGAGUUCUUUAUCGAAGGUGACCAUUAAGAGAUUGGUAAUGAAGCCCAAUGAACUGAUAGUGAGAGCUUUUGACGGCUCUAGAAGGACAUUCAUUAGAGAAGUAGACUUCCCAAUUAAGAUUGGACCACAUACAUUUUCAUCACCUUCUAUGUCAUGGACAUCUACCUAG